AUGGAUCAACCUGGACCCUGCCAAGAAGCUCUGGACAUUUUGAAUGUGUUCCAUACCAAUGACUCUUACCAUUCCCGCAACUGCAGCGAAGAAGUGGCCACCUACCAAGAUGCCACCCCGCUCUCCUGGAAGGUAGUCCUGACCAUCAUCUUGGCCCUUAUCACUUUGGCCACUGUGCUGUCCAAUGCUUUUGUCAUCGCCACAGUCUACCAGACUCGAAAGCUCCACACACCAGCCAAUUAUCUCAUCGCUUCUUUGGCUGUUACCGACCUGCUGGUGUCCAUCCUGGUCAUGCCAAUCAGCACCAUGUACACUGUGACUGGAAAAUGGACCUUGGGCCAGAUAGUCUGUGAUAUCUGGCUCUCUUCAGAUAUCACUUGUUGCACUGCUUCCAUUCUCCACUUGUGUGUGAUUGCACUGGACAGAUACUGGGCGAUCACUGAUGCGGUGGAGUACUCGACCAAAAGGACUCCUAAGAGGGCAGCUGGCAUGAUUGCCUUGGUGUGGGUCUUCUCCAUCUGCAUUUCGAUGCCCCCCUUAUUCUGGCGCCAGUCAAAAGCUGAAGAGGUGGCCAACUGUAUGGUCAACACAGAUCACAUCUUGUACACAAUCUACUCCACAGUGGGGGCCUUCUACUUCCCCACCCUGUUACUAAUCAUCCUCUAUGGAAGGAUCUACGUGGAAGCCAGGUCUCGAAUUUUGAAACAGUCACCAAAGAACACGGGCAAAAGGUUAACCCGAGCUCACUUAAUAACUGAUUCUCCUGGGUCAGCUUCAUCAGUCACUUCCAUAAACUGCAAAGCCUCAGAGGCUUCCAGUGAAACAGGAUCUCCGGUGUAUAUGAAUCAAGUCAAAGUGAAGGUGUCCGAUGCCUUGCUGGAAAAAAAGAAACUGACAGCUGCCCGAGAACGGAAAGCGACCAAGACACUGGGGAUUAUUUUAGGAGCCUUCAUUGUAUGCUGGCUACCCUUCUUCAUCAUUACGUUGGUGUUGCCUAUUUGUAAAGACGCUUGCUGGUUUCACAUGGCCAUCUCUGACUUCUUCACUUGGUUGGGAUACCUUAACUCUUUGAUCAACCCCAUCAUCUACACCAUGUCCAAUGAAGACUUCAAACAGGCGUUUCAUAAAUUGAUAAGGUUUCGAUGCACAAGCUGA